AUGGAGGUCCAGGACGAAGCAGAGCUCUGCUUUCCACAACUCCUCAACACCUCCUGCAAGAGGCUGACAUCUACUUGGUCCGAAGUUGUGUUUCAGAUCAUUCUGCUGUCCUCCUUCUCUCUGCUCACUGUGGCUCUCAACCUGCUCGUCAUCAUCUCGGUCUCCCACUUCAGGCAGCUCCACACACCCACCAACCUCCUCCUUUUCUCUCUGGCUGUAUCAGACUUUCUUGUGGGCCUCGUGGUGAUACCAGGAGCAGUUCUCCAACAAACAUCCUGCUGGUUUCUUGGUGAUCUCAUAUGUUUUCUCUGUCAUUAUGUGUCCUUCAUCAUUACCUCUUCCUCAGUAGGAAACAUGGUGCUCAUAUCAGUUGACCGCUAUGUGGCUAUUUGUGACCCUCUGCAUUACACCACCAGAAUCACUGUGAGAAGAGUUAAACUCUAUGUUUGUCUGUGUUGGCUCUUUUCUGCCCUCUUCAGCAUUUUCUUUAUAAAGGAUGAACUGACUCAACCAGGGGUCAACACUUCAGUCAGUCCAUCUGUAUUCUUUUUGGGUAUUCUGUUUUAUUUUAACUCCUGCUUGAACCCUGUGAUAUAUGCCUUGUUCUACCCCUGGUUUAUAAGAGCUAUUAAACUCAUUGUGACUCUUCAGAUACUGCAGCCUGGCUCCUGUGAUGCCAACAUACUGUAG